GAAGAAUCCUUUUUUUCUGGUUUUCUUCGCGUCGUAUCGUAAGUAGGAGGAGAAGAAAGAUCCUUCUCUGUUGGGUUUUCCUUAAUUUUCAGAUUCUGGGAUCAAUCUUCUUCGCUAUCAAACAACUGUGGGAUUCAAGAGGGAACACAGAAAUGGGGAGAAACCCUCGGUUCAGCGUUUAGACAAGAAUUGGCUAAUCUUGACAAAGAUCCAGAUAAUUACAAGGACUGCAAUGAGCAAAUUGAGAACCAUUGUGAAAGAUUUGGAUGCAAACGGUAUACAUGCGUUUCUCACUCAAGUUUCUGAAACAAAAGAGAUUGGUUCCGAGUCUGGCGGCUACACGGUCUCUCUCUCUCUUUGAAGACCUUGCACGUGCAGAGAGAUUGAUAAAAGAGGCUGAUCCAUCAGUGAAGUCUACACAUAACAGGAGUUAUGUAAACGACCAAGAAGAUGAUGAUGUGUCAGGCUCUCCUUUGUUGGCUUAUGCUGACUAUAACCAAGAAACCGGUUCAAGAAAUCAGAUUCAGUUCUCUGGUGUUGAAGAUGAUAACAUGGAGUUAGUUUGUUUCCAUCAGAGGAACAGAAGCUCUGAGUCUAGGACCAAUCGCCCACGAAGUUCAAGACGAAACAGGAAGAAGAGACGUUCAGAACGUAACAGGCACGGUUUCACACAAGAUUCAUUUACUGUACUGCUAGAGAACAGAGAGCAGCAGCUACGACAGUACAGUGAAAGCUCAUCGUCAUCACCAAUACAUGAUAGAUCGGGUACUACUACUCCAACAGAAGACAUCUGUGAGAAACUAAAGAUAGAUUUGGAUUCUGUGGCCAAAGUGAAGAGAGAAGAGAGUGAAACAGAGUCAAGACGGGACAGCAGCAAGAAGAGUGUGUUGAGAUGGGGUUUGAGUUUCUUCUCUGUUGUAGUUGCAGGGCUUGCUUCCUUCAUGUGGGUGCAUCUGCAAGAUGAUAUGAUGAUGCCUCCUCAUCUUGUUCCUACUUGAAGCGCAAGUAGUGAGCAUAGAAAGCUUAGAACUUACUUAGGUUCAGAUUGUGUGUUCUAUUGUUCUUCUGUCAAUGUGUGGAUCUUAUUUGAAUACUCUCUCUCUCUUUUUACUCUCAAAAAGAACUUGUGACUAAUAU